AUGUCUGCUAUUCGCUCUUCGCUCAAGAUCGCAAGUCCUUUGCUGCGUUCUUGGAAACCCAGCUCUGUCUACCGAGCACACACUGGAACUUGUGCAUCGACUGCGAGACUACAAAGACUACCCAGCAGACUUCACCAAGUCAUACCAGCGGCAGUACGCUGCUAUGCUUCGUCCACUGAACAAGCCAACUCCAAGACAGGCCUCUAUGACCUUCAUGUAGCCAAAGGAGCGAAGAUGGUGCCCUUUGGAGGAUACAUGAUGCCGGUCCAAUACAGUGAUCUAGGCGUUGGUGAAUCACACAAAUGGACGAGAGAGAAGGCUAGUCUGUUCGAUGUCAGCCAUAUGGUGCAAUAUCACUUCACUGGACCUGGAGCAACUGCAUUCCUAGAGAAAAUCACACCUGCGGACCUGCAAGCGCUACCGCCUCACCAAUCCACUCUCUCAGCUCUGCUGCACCCUGAGACUGGUGGCAUUGUAGACGAUACCAUCAUCACCCGCCUGGGCGAAGACAAGUUCUACGUGGUGACCAAUGCCGGCUGUAGGGAAAAGGAUGCUGCUUUCUUGACCGCAAAUCUGGAUGCCUGGAACAACGCGAACCAGCCCCGUGUGGACAAGACCGAACUUAAGAACCAAGGUCUUAUAGCUCUGCAGGGACCUCUGUCGGCCGAUAUUUUGCAAGGCGUCCUCGCCCCCUCCUCGGACGACAUCGACCUCAAGUCCCUCUACUUUGGCACUUCCAAGUACCUGACUCUCAGAUUCGCAUCUGGCGAAACUUCAAAGCCUGUUCUGGCCUCUCGCGGUGGUUAUACCGGUGAAGACGGUUUCGAAAUCUCCAUCGCGCCCGAAGACACAGUCGCCAUAACAGAACUACUCCUCACCGCCGGCGGACCCGAGAAACUGCGUCUUGCCGGCCUGGGCGCCAGAGACUCGCUCAGACUGGAAGCAGGCAUGUGUCUAUACGGCCACGAUCUCGACGACAGCACAACACCCGUCGAAGGCGCUCUCGGCUGGAUCGUCGCAAAAUCUCGCCGCUCGGCUCCUCGCAACGAAUUCAAUGGUGCAGAAGUCAUCUUGCCGCAACUGGUGCCCGUGAGCAAAGGCGGCAAGGGCGUUUCCCGUCGUCGCGUGGGGUUGCUCGUCGAAGGCGCUCCCGCCCGUGAAGGCGCACAGAUCGUAGAUGCUGAAGGUCAAGCCAUCGGUGUCGUUACCAGUGGCUGCCCUUCCCCUACGCUGAAGAAGAACAUCGCCAUGGGAUACGUCAAGGACGGUCAACACAAAUCGGGCACCGAGUUGGGCGUCGUGGUCAGGGGCAAGACGAGAAAGGUCACGGUGACAAAGAUGCCGUUCGUCGCCAGCAAAUACUGGAAGGGAGGCAUCUCACCAGCUUAA